AUGGCCGACACUGUCAUGACGGCGCCCCACAAUCCCACAACUGCCAGUACAGCGCAGCUGAUCGCCGAUUGGGCCGCCUCUCAACGUGUCAAUUUGGAUCACUGUGUGCCUCAGAUUCUGCCUCUGGCUCGUCGUGGUGGUCUGGCCGCGGGCGAGCUCCAGCUGGCCACGGCCGAGGGCCAACACAGCAGCAUUCAUGUCGGCUCCGAUCGCCUUUUUGAAUUGGCCUCGGAGCUCAUCGACCUCCCUGCCAAGCGAGUUCCCAUUGUCGUGGACAUUGCCAUCGGAAACUCGGCGGGCACCGAUGCACCAUUCACUGCUAGCUACAACCAGCUCGCAGCAGCCCGCAGCGCUGGCGCCCCCCUUAUCAUCAGUGACAAUGCCCAGCAGGCCCACGAUGCUGCCCUGGUAGCACAUCUCUUUGCCAAGACCGCGCGAAGCCUGUGCAUCACUGCCACCAACGGCGUGGAUGUGGCUGCCUCCUGCCGAGGCAUCGAGACGGCCACAGAGGCUGGCCUUCAGCUUUUGUUGCAAAGCGCCGAAGGCGUUGCCAGCGACCUUCCCGCCUCGGGCCUGCUCACCGUCGAACAAACCAUCAAGGGGUUGCGCGCCGCCAUGGAGGGUGUUCAGAGCUUCACAUCGCGUCGCCAGCGGUUUUUUGACUACUAUGGCUCGGAACUGGCCACGGUCGUCCUCGUUGCCAGCGGGCCUGGUGCUGCCAACCUCACAGCUGCCGUCAAACUCCUUGGGCGCAAAUCACUCCCAAUUGGCUUGCUCGUUGUUCGCGUCGUUCGCCCUUGGUCACACGCUGACUUUGCCGAGGCCUUGCCGGCCACCGCUCAGCAAUUUGUGGUUGUGGACGUCACCUCGCCAGAGGACAAGCAGGCCUCCAAGGCCCUCUACCUUGAUGUGGCUGCCAGCCUCGGCCUAGCCAACCGUCCGGGUCAGAUCAAGCUGCAGAAUCAUGCAACCAAUGCCACAGGACAGGGCAUCAGCUCACAGGGUCUACGCAGCAUCCUGCGCGCCGCCCUGAGCUUCAUCGUGGACGUCGCCAGCAUUCCUUCUCUGCUGGCAUCACCCGCCGCCGCCGUGGCUGACACCUCAGUCGUAUCCCUCUAUGAGUUUACACGACCUACGCGUCCCAUGAUCGAGCGUGCCGCAGCCAUGGCAAAGCUGGGUGCUGGUGCUGCCACCGUCCAAAUGUCCACAGACAGCGAUGCUGCCCCUCAUGUUCUCAUCUCCAACAUUUUGUUGGGCCCGGAGGAUGAGCAUGAUGGUCACACUGACGGGGGCGUUUCCCGCGACGUGGUUGUCAUCACGGACCCGGCCAUUCUCUUUCUGCGUCGCUACCGCGUCUUUGACUCUCUAGCCACGGGCGCCGUGGUGGUCAUCAACAGCGACUGGUCCCCCGCAUCUGUAGCUGCCAAGAUUCCUGCGCACGCCCAGCAGGCCCUGGUCGACAGCAAAGCCCAGCUCUUGCUCGUUGACGCCACUCAGCUCGUGAGCGGUGGCAGCUACGAAGCCCAAGCCCUUGCGCUCACUGCUGCUGGCUUGCUCAAUACCAAAAACGGUCGCUCCCUGGCCAAGCAGCUGCUCAAGUCCUUGGCCCCGCGUCUUGCAGGCGACGAGGGCGCCCGCCUGGAGGCCGCGUUGCCCACGCUCGAGGCUCGCCUUGCCCAAGAAGACGCUCUGAUUCCUGCAGCUAGCGCUCUGCAGUCGACUGAGGUUGCCAAUGACCACACCGUUGACGCAGCCCAUCUGGUGCCGUACCACCUCGCGGAAGGCCUGCGUACCGGUCGUGAGGAGGGCCUAGACGCCAGCUAUCAAGCCCUGCUGAACACCCUCUUUGGCAAACGCACCGUGGUCGCCGAUGCCGGCAGCACCAACUCCCUCUUUCACGAGACCUACGCUCCCGGUUCCGCUGCCCAGCAAAAGGUGCAGGAGCUCUUUCAGGGCAAUACCGAGUUCACUUUUGGUGUCUACCUUGCUCGUAUUCAGCAGCGCGAGAAAUUGGCUGACCUUGUGGCCACGGCCUGCCGCAGCACCACUGCUCUGCCCUCGGCGCUUCGCACCGCCCUCAACCAAUGGCACGCCAAUCGCGAUAACAGCCAGACUUGCGCCCAGCUCGCUGACGACAUCGUCCGCCGGUUGGAAUCCACGCCCCACACCGAAGAGCCUUUGCGCAGCAUCUAUGAGCUUCGCGAGCACUUGGUCAAACCUUCCAAGUGGAUCGUUGGUGGUGACGACUGGUCACGAGACAUUGGCUACUCUGGUCUGCAUCACGUGCUGGCCUCCCGCGAGAACGUGAAUGUUAUCAUUCCGGAGACGGCCCUCUACACUCAGCCCCAGCCAAGCCAACGCGCUGCUCUCAACACGAAGAAAGACAUUGGACUGUAUGCGAUGAACUACGGCACCGCCUAUGUUGCCAGCAUUGCACUGUACGAGAACCCUUCUCAAGCCACCACCGCCCUCUGCGAGGCAGACGCCUAUGACGGACCCUCCAUCAUCAUUGCGUAUGCGCCACGACCCACAAACAGCAACGAACCCCGCGAGCAGCAGCAGAUUCGUGAAUCGCACGAAGCCGUUGAGCGCGGCCUGUGGCCCCUCUUCCGAUGGAACCCUGCUUGGGAGAAAGCUGGUCGGGAUGCUUUUGUGCUCGACUCAUCCAAGCUGCGCAAGGAUUUGGCCGAUUUUGUGGAACGCGAGUCUCAGCUCUCCCUUCUCACGCGUGACACGCCCCUCCUGAGCCACGGCCUGGCAGACUCCAGCGCGCUGCGCCUGCAAAACAAGCGCAUGGAACUGCUGAGCCAGGGAGGUGGGCGUCGCAAAAUUGACAUGCGCAUCCUUGUUCUCUAUGGCUCCGACUCGGGCAACGGCAGUGGCUUGGCCGAGAAACUGGCCAAAAAGGCCGAGAUGCGUGGCGUGGUCACAGUUCGCGCGGCGGAAGCCAACGCUGUUACUUUGGAGGAGCUGGCCGACGAAGAGGUGGUCAUCUUCAUCCUGUCCACCGCUGGUCAGGGCGAAAUGUGUGGCAACGCCGUCAAUUUUUGGAACGCGCUCAAAAAAGCCAAGGGAGGCGUGAAUCAUCUAAAAUAUGCGGUCUUUGGCCUUGGCGACAGCCAGUACUGGGGCAAAAACACGGCCGACUCGGCUCGGUAUUAUUGCAAGCCUGCCCGGGAUCUGGACAGCAAAAUGGCGGCUCUUGGUGCCGAGCGCCUGGUGGAAUUGGGCAUGGGUGAUGAUCAACACGAGAAUGGCUUCAGCGGGGGCUGGGUGCCGUGGGAGGCUGAGGUGUUUGAGGUCCUCAAUGUUCCCGCAGUGGAAGGCGAGACUGAGAUCACCGGCAAGGUCUUGAAGGAUGAGAGCAUCAAGGAGGAGUCUGGCUAUCUGCGUGGACAUAUCAUGCGCUCACUGGCUGACCAAUCCACUGCGGCCAUGUUGCCCGAGGACACCAAGCUGACCAAGUUUCAUGGUAUCUAUCAGCAGGAUGACCGCGAUCUGCGCCCGCACUUGGAGGCGGAGGGCAAGGAGCGCGCCUACUCGUUCAUGGUGCGCGUUGGCAUUCCUGGUGGCGUCUGUACCCCGGAACAAUAUUUGUUGAUGGACUCGCUCUCCGAGUCUCAUGCCAACAGUACCCUCAAGCUCACAACGCGCCAGGCCUUCCAGCUGCACGGGGUGCUCAAAUGGAACCUCAAGGCCGCUAUCCGCGAGAUCAACAUUGGUCUCAUGGACACCCUGGCUGCGUGUGGCGAUGUGUGCCGUAACGUCAUGGCCAGCCCCAACCCGUACGAGUCAGAAGUACACGCUGAGGUGUUGGACUUUGCGCGGCGUCUCUCGGCCCACCUAAAGCCACAGACCACGGCAUACCACGAGAUUUGGCUGGAUAAGAAAAUGGUGGCGGGUGAAGCUCACACAGAUGUUGAGCCCUUGUACGGCCAGUCAUAUCUGCCGCGCAAGUUCAAGGUGGCCAUUGCCGUGCCACCUAUGAACGACGUGGAUGUGUUCGCGCACUGCCUGGGCUACAUUGCCGUGGUAGAGAACAAACGCCUUGUCGGCUGGAACGUCUCGAUUGGUGGUGGCAUGGGCACAACCCACGGAAAUGUCAAGACUUACCCACGCCUGGCCGACUUGAUGGGCUUUUGUACCCCUGAGCAGGCAAUCAAGGUGGGCGAGGCAGUGAUGCUGGUGCAGCGCGAUUAUGGAGACCGCGUCAAUCGCAAGCACGCUCGCCUCAAAUACACGCUGGAGGACCACGGCAUGGACUGGUACCGUGCCAAGGUUGAGGAGCAUUGUGGCUUCAAGCUGCAGGCCGCGCGGCCCUUUACCUUUGAGAGUAACAUGGAUCGUAUGGGCUGGAGCCAGGGCUACGACGGCCGCUUCUGCUAUGGCAUGUUCAUCGAGAAUGGUCGCAUCCGGGACACUGAUUCGUACAAGCUCAAGACGGCGCUGCGCGAAUUGGCGCAAUUGCACCAGGGCGAUUUCCGGCUCACGGCGAACCAGAACCUGAUCAUCGGCGGCGUUACUGCCGAGGCUCGCCCGAAGAUUGAGGCCCUGCUCAAGCGCUACAACAUUGACAACACCCGUCAUUCGGGCUUGCGCCUCAACUCGAUGGCAUGCGUGGCGCUGCCCACCUGUGCCUUGGCCAUGGCCGAGUCUGAGCGCUACCUGCCCGUGCUCAUUGAUCGCAUCGAUGAGAUUUUGACGCGCAACAAGCUGGCUUCCGAUAGCAUCAUGAUUCGCAUGUCUGGGUGCCCCAACGGUUGCUCGCGUCCCUUCAUGGCCGAAAUCGCCAUGGUCGGCAAGGCGCCCGGCGCCUACAACCUCUACCUGGGCGGCGGUUAUGCUGGCAACCGCCUGUCCAAGAUCUAUCGCGACUCGGCAAGCGAGGAGGAUAUCUUGCGCAUCCUGGAUGAGCUCAUCUCUCGCUAUGCGCGCGAACGCCUCAACAAUGAGCAUUUUGGUGAUUGGGUGAUCCGCGCUAACAUUGUGGCCCCCACCUUGGCCGGCCGGCUCUUCCAUGAGACGGAUGCCGCUGUCAAUGAGAUUCAGACUUACAGCGGAACCCGUCAAAUUUACUGGUAG